CCAAUCACCACACACCAUCUGUCAACAUGGCGUCGGACUUCAGGUGGAGAUGUGGAGUGCUCCUACUUUGCACUUAUCUGCUUUCUGUUUCAGCUACGGGAAGCAAAGAAAAGCCUCAGAAAAAGAAGGAUAUCCGAGACUACAAUGACGCAGAUAUGGCACGGCUCCUGGAACAAUGGGAGGAAGAUGAUGACAUUGAAGAAGGGGACCUCCCAGAGCACAAGAGGUCUCCUCCUCCCAUCGAUUUCUCCAAGGUAGACCCCUCCAAGCCAGAAGAGCUGCUCAAGAUGUCCAAGAAGGGCAGGACUCUGAUGGUGUUUGCUACAGUGUCAGAGGAUCCCACUGAGAAGGAAACAGAGGAAAUCACAGGCCUGUGGCAGGGAAGCCUCUUCAAUGCCAACUUUGAUAUUCAGAGGUUUGUAGUGGGCUCCAACAGGGUGAUCUUCAUGCUGCGAGAUGGCAGUAUGGCCUGGGAGGUCAAAGAUUUCCUCACAGCCCAGGAACGCUGUCAGGAUGUCACUGUGGAGGGACAGGUAUUCCCUGGGAAGGCCACAAAAAACAACAAUGACACAACUAAGACGCAAAAUGAGGUUAACGGCAAGAAAAAACCCAAGAAGAAGUCAGAGGGCAAGAAGCCUGACGUGGAGGGGAACAGAGCCAGCCAUCUGAAGCAGGAGCUGUGAUGGACAUGCAAAAACACUCUUUCUUCUGGCCUUCAGUGAUAAGAGUGAACUUAUAAAUCAUGUUGGGUACAUUGACCUAAACUGCUGAGCUGGUUUAACAAGAAGAUUUCUGUUUGUUUUCUCGACCUCACAGCAGCAGCGUUGUACUGGCAUUUUUGAAAAUCAUUGUUUGAGUGGUAACCAACUCUUAAAAGUUACCAUGCUGUCUGAUUAUCUAGAUUUGUUUCUGUUGCUCAUCACCAAAUGAAAACCAAUACAUGCACACUUUCUCACUUUUAUAGUGGAGAUUAUGCCAAGCAGCCUUUCAGAUAUAUAUAUAUUUUUUUUUAGCCAAAAGCCAUGUCGGGUACAGUAAUUCAUUUUCCACAGCCAGAAUGAUGUGUUCUUUUUGUGACAAAUAGAACAGCAGUGCAUUCUGUAGAAGUAUGCGUCUUCAUGACUACCCUUUGAAAACUGGACAUCAACUGCAUCCCCUUUCUGUACUGUCUUUAAUCAGAUCACGUGCUGUAGGCGCAUUUAGGUGAUACCAAACUCCUGAUCAUAUCAGUCAACUGAUUUAUGUUUGGCUUCUUUUCAGGUUUUUACAUGAAUUUGUUUUUCUGAUGUCGAGGUUCUACCCUGUGUAAGGCUAGGUUAACAUUCAUGUCAUUGUCAAAAGUUGAUCCCAAAUUAGAACUCACAUUUUCUGAUAAUUAUUCACUUUUUUAAAUAAACAUUUUGUCAAAUAA